CGUCAGGUGUCAGAUUUCAGAUUGUUUACUAUUUCUAUUCUAACCAAGAAGAAUUCUGAAAAAUUGUUUAAUAAUAUUAAAUAAUUAAGUAUAAUCGACUAAGCAAUUUAUUUAAAAAUGGUUUGCAAAGACACGUUAAAAAUUAAAAACUUACCCAAAGAACUUUCCGAUGCGCACAAAGAAGACUUCGCCCGGCACUUUGGGGCCUCAAAAGUAAAAGUUGUAACAUCAAGGGUCAAAGAAAAAUCUGUGGUGUACGCUAAAUUUGAUUCGGAAGAGUAUGCCAAAAGUGUUAUGUUCAGGCUUCAUCAAAUUAAUGUUUUAAACUGUCGUUUGUGUGUAGAAUAUGCAGAAAAUGAUAUUGUCCAAGGAAAACCUAAACAAAAACGGAUGGAAGAGCCUGAUAUUACUAGCAAGAAGGCGUUUAAAACUUUCGUGAAUAAAAUAACAUCUUUUAAUGACUCUGUCAAUUUCCAUCAACCACCACCUUCACAUUUGAAAUAUUUGUAUCCUAAAGCUAAUAGGGCUACUAUUAAUAAUAUUGUCCAUGUUUUGACUACGAUUCCUAGAUUCUAUACUCAGGUACUUCAUUUAAUGAAUAAAAUGAAUUUACCACCACCUUUUGCUGUAGAACAACCACCUGUACGAACUGUCAUACCUGUUCAACAGCCCAUAAUACAAAAACCUAUUGAGAGAGUUAAUCCUGCACCCGCAGUAGUCGAAACACCUUCUAAACCCCCUCUGGAUCCAGAGCCACAACUUCCAAUAACUACUUCAGAAUCUGAACUAGAGAGUGACAGUGAGGACACAUUCAGAAAUAGGGAGUACAUGCCUCUAAAAAGGAAGGCACCUCAAAAGAAAAUGAUUAAAAGACCUAAGUUUAUUAAACCACCAAUAGUUUCAGCUUCAACAAGUAUACCUAAAACCGUUGAGAGGACAGAAAAUGUAUUUGAAAAAGUGGAUAUUCAAGUACAUAAAAAAAUCGAGAUGAAAGUAUCAAGUGAAGCACUGCUCCAUACACCUCAAAAAGAAGAAAAGCCGAGAUCUAUUGGUACAAUUCCACCUAAAAAACCUGAACCUGAAAAACCUCCAUCUCCUGAAAAAACACUAGUAGAAGAAAAACCAGAGGAACAAGAAGACAAAACUGCAAUAACAGCUGAAGAACUUGCUGCUAACCGUAUUAAUCAUAAGGACUUAGGUGUUCUUCCAGUUUUCAAAAAUUAUCAUCCAGGAGUACCUACAUGCAGACUAUACAUUAAGAAUUGUGCAAAAACAGUUACUACUAAAGACUUGGAAUAUAUUUACAAUAGGUACAAAAUAUCAAAGGAAAACACUCCUAGCCAGUUUGAUAUUCGGCUGAUGCAAGAAGGCAGAAUGAAAGGACAAGCUUUUGUAACUCUUGAUAGUCUAGAGUUAGCCCAAAAAGCGGUUAAAGAAACCAAUGGUUACAUUUUGAAAGACAAACCGUUAGUUGUCGUGUUUGCAAGAAGUGCUGUACAGAAAAAAUAAUUGUGAUACGUUUUUAAAAUAAUAUAAUUUUCAAUAAGUAAA